UACUUUAUUGACAUACUUUACCUGACAAUACCGACAAUCCCGGCAUGCUCCGACCAACUCCGAUCGGCUCCGAUCAGCCCGUGAUCCCCGAUAUACUGUACGAUCAACCGUUGAUCAUCCGCGCAAUGUUCCCAAUUCCCAAAUCUCUUUGCCCUUUCCUUUCUCUGUUCUCAACUUUCCUCGUUCUUUCUUCGACCCAGCACAAAUUUGUCUCGACUUUCGACCGAUCUCGACCUAUCCCAAGCACGGAUUUGCACGGAUUUUCACGGAUUUUCGCGGAUUCUCGCGCGCCGGUGAUCUAUUGAAAUCUACGUUUUGAAUGAUUCGGAUGAUUUUACCCAGAUAUAGCUUACCCAGCACACACACCCUGCAUAGAAUCUAAUGAUGAUAUAAUCUUCAAGGAUUUGUCAGGAUUUGUGCGAGUUUGAGCAUCAUAUGUAAACAAUAUUCUUCAAAAUAUUUUAUCUAGAUGAUGGCAGAAGAGGAAUCUGAGGAAAAGGAGUACCGUUGGGAAACUGGUUACGAAAAGACAUGGGAAGCAAUCAAGGAAGAUGACCAUGGUUUGUUGGAAGCUUCUGUAGCGGAUAUUAUUCACAAUGCCAAGAGGAAACGCCAGUUGGAAAGAAAACAGGGUGCUAGAUUAGGAAUGAUGAGGCAUCUUUAUAUUAUCUUAGAUGCUUCGGAGUCAAUGUCUAAUCAAGAUUUGAAGCCAACUCGUUUUCUAUGUUCUCUAAAGCUUCUAGAAGAUUUUAUCGAAGAAUUUUUCUAUCAAAAUCCUAUAAGUCAAUUAGGUGUAAUUAUAACUAGAAAUAAAAGGGCUGAGAAAAUUAGCGAUUUGGCUGGUAACUCAAAGAAGCAUGUCAAGGAAUUGCAAAUUUUACAACAAACUGUAGUAAGCGGUGAACCUUCUUUGCAAAACUCUUUAGAAUUGGCAACAAAGUUAUUGAAAUUAUUACCAUCACACGCUAGUAAAGAAAUAUUGGUAAUUAUAGGGGCCUUAACUACAUGCGACCCUGGGGAUAUCAACGAAACAAUAAGAAAUAUGAAAUUGGAUAGUAUUAGAUGUAGUGUAAUAGGAUUAGCCGCUGAAUUAUAUAUUUGUAAACGAAUGGCGAACAUUACCGGUGGCGAACAUAGCGUUGCACUCGAUGAUAAACAUUACAAGGAGCAAUUGAAUGCACAUAUAGAUCCUCCGCCUGCUGCAAUGCGAUUAGAUGCAGCGCUUGUGAAAAUGGGGUUUCCUCAUCACGCUCUACACUCUAAUGCACCAGAUACAUCUAUAACAGUAUGUAUGUGUCAUGCACACAAUUCCGAUGAAACAGUCAAACUUAUGACUACCGGCUACCUUUGUCCCCAGUGCCUCAGUAAACAUUGCGAGCUACCUGUGGAAUGUAGAGCUUGCGGUCUUACUCUAGUAUCCGCUCCACAUUUAGCUCGAUCGUAUCACUAUCUAUUUCCUGUUGAUCCUUUCAAAGAAAUUGCACCUGAGAGUGAUUACACUCUCUGCUUUGGUUGCCAAAAAGCUUUUGCUCAAAAGGAUAAAAAGGUAUAUACCUGCGGAAAAUGUAAUCGAGUGUUUUGCUUAGACUGUGAGAUUUUUAUUCACGAAAUAUUGCACACGUGUCCUGGUUGUGCAAUAAAUCCUGAAACAUAUAGAAAAAGAGAAUCUACAGAUAGAUCUUGA